CGUGCAAGGUCAGAGGUAACAGAAGCAGACGAUCUUGCUUGGCGCGCAUAUAAGUCGAUGCAGUCGGUAGCUGAAGGCAGGAGAAGGUGUUUAUCGCAUACAAGGCAAAGAUCGAGUUUGAUUGAAGAGCAAGUUGGCAGGUGAGAUCAAGAUGAAGGUAGCUGUACUAGGGGCGACGGGUCCCACAGGUGUGGAGGUUGUCAAACAAGCCCUCGAACUUGGAUACGAUGUCGUGGCUUUGGUUCGCGACCCAGAAAAGUUGGCGACGCUGGUGAAGCACGACAAACUGAAGGUGCACAAAGUUGAUGUGACGAAGCAAGAGGACCUGGUGGGCCCUCUGAAGGGUGUUGAUGGCAUCGUGUCUGCCUGGGAGGACAAGCAGGCAUCUGGACGCCGUGCACUCUCUACACAGACUCUAUAGCAGCCAUCACGGGCGCCAUGCGCGAUGCACGUGUCAAGAAACUCAUCUGCAUGUCAUCCUGGGGCGCAAAAGAUGAACCAGGUCUGCCUCGAAUCAUCACGUGGUUCCUGAAGCCCACCUUCUUGCGUAAUAUUUUGGCAAACAUGGCGGAGAUGGAAAAUUUUCUUCAAGAAAAGUGCAGCGACAUCAACUAUACAGUAGUCCGACCUCCAGGACUCAACAACAACCCGCUGUCUGGCAAGGAGAUCAUCACACGCGAGGGCCAGUUUGUGGACGGCGCCAGUUCCUUGCCACGCGCUGACCUCGUCAAGUUCAUGUUGUCCUGCCUGACUUCCAAGACCUACGACAAGAAAAUGAUCGCAGUUGCCAUUCCUAAAUGAUGUUUCUUCGGGGAAGAUAAAGAAUCAAAAGGAUGUCUAACCGAUUUAGCCCUUAUAAUAGAAAUACAUUAUUGAGGAGGUGCGAUCAUUUAGCUCUGGAGACCAGCGGUGCCACCUUCAGAAACGAGCAAACAAAGCGAUAGAAAGAAGUAAAAACUGAGCGACCUCUAUAAUUUACAAAUAAGUAUUUUGAGAUAAUGAACACUAUAUUUUUCAAUUUUAUUAGUUAUUGGACAAAGCCUUAGAUUCGAUCAUCACGAAGGAGUCAUAUGGUACUGGAGUACUUGGCUUUACUUGAGGAAAAAGAACAAGCUGACAUAUGUGUUCAUGUAUUGUGAAAUAUCUUACAGAGUAGACCACGACCCAGUAGUAUGUUUCAUAGUAAGUAAUGUUUUCACCUGAGCAGUGUAGCCUCAUUCCAACUCAUUUUAUGGUAGCCCACUUGUCGAAGAUAACCCAGGCACGUGCAAGGAAGAUUCACAAGUGUGUGCUACAUUUUGAGACUGGGGUGGACGGAUAAGCGAUCGACUUGACUGUGUGUCAGUCCGUGUGUCCUCUAUCUUUGUUCAUGCUGGUCGGUAUUUGUCUGUUUGCCAGUCUGGACCAUAAUGCAUUUUUUAAAGUGACCCACGAGUCUGUAGUUGUACUCAAUUCGCUUAAUGUCCACAGAAUCUCAGUCACUAGUGGUGUUUUCAAAAAUGUUUCUUGUUUGGCAUCGUCAUAAUCAUCAUUAUCAUUAUGAGGUUACGACAUUGACCUAUAAUUAUGCUAUGAGUGUAUUAUAAUCGAACACAGAGGUUCAAAGUCAACCUGCAAGACGUAUACAUUAAUAAUUAUAGUCGUGAUUUAUGUCUCUGCCUUUUAGACCAGCCUUCUUUACCUGAUUCUUUAAUAUUCAUCAACUUCCCAGUUAAAACUCGUUCUAUUCGUGAUUUCACGAGGUUUCUUUGCCGAUAUGUACAAGCUCCUAGGAAGCAGCAAGCUUGUUCGUUCUUUGCGACAGAUGGGGAACAUGAGCGCUGCUCAGAUAUAUUAAGCCCUCUACACUCCGCUUUGCUGUCCCACGUGGUCUUACAAUCUUCCACUUGAGAAGAAAACCUGUGUGCAGCACACCUUUGCCCAGGUGUUGUCAUCGAUCAAAGGUGGCACGUGCUUGAUCCGUUAUCUUUAAUUUGUUUUCUGCGUCUCACUGUCGCCCAUGAACGUGGAAGUUGUUCCUCAAACGUGUUCAAUGAUCAGUAAUGAAUUUUAGGAAACACACAUUGUUGAUGCUGUAUAUGUUGUUGUUUAUUUUGGAAGGGAAAGUGCUCUUACUUGGGGGUCCUUUAACACUUGAAACUGUAUACCAUGGAAAAAUGCAUGUAAAGGAGUACAUAAAAUAUAAUUAUAUUGCGGUAAAAACAAAUAGUAGACGAGGAUUAGCAUCAAGUUUAAGAAGUUUGACUCUUCAAAUAAAUAUAUCUUGAGCAUCAGUAUCCAUGUCCUAAAAUAAAGUGAGGUAUAAUUCUGUGUUGUAUAAGGAAUCAUUGUAUUUAGUUGUUAUUAUUAACUGUAAGGGAACAAUAUUUAAAAAAAACUACAAUUAUAUUUAAAAACAGCCAUUGGCCGCUCAUACAACCAGUUUCCUACUAUAAACAUCACGUUCACAAACACCAA